UUGAGAUCUGAGACUCGGAGCCUGGGCGGGGAUCCGUGGCAUCUUUCAGAGGAUACGAGGGCCGUUUCAUUCUGGGCGGGGGUCAUAUUCUCGGGAAGCGGAGCCAUCCCGUACACCCACCAACCCCAAAUGGGUCUUGGGGCCGUGGUCCCUCUCUAGGAACCUCGGAAAAUCUGGCCACCCUGCGCCUCUCAGGUGCAGAAAGCCAGAUUUCCCCAGACAGCGAGAAAGAUUGAUGAUUUUCCAUUCAUCCGGGGAAUGUGAGGGUAGAACCUGUGCCAGACGUGAGGACUAGACGGGUGGUCAAAGCCCUUCUUGACCUCCCGACCCCCUACGAGGACCCGGACUCACGCUGCACAUUCCUCCUGGGGGAGGGGCGGCGGUGCAGUCACGCGCACAUCUCACUUGCGUUCACACACGCGUAAGGCUCACGCUCUCCGCCCCGCACACCUGCGCUCCGCCCCUUGGUCCCGGGCCCAAGACACGAGUAGGCAUUUGGGAACCCAAGACGGUUUCGGAGGCGCCCCCAUCCCCUUCAUUUCCCGGGCCAGAGUGGUCCGGAGCCUGUCUCGGCUCCCAACCGGCCCACAUCCUCCGCCAUCCUUCCCUCCCCCCGUCUGCCGCGGCACCGGUAUCCGCAGCCACCAGCCCGGAGCCGGUGAGGCGGCAAAGGGGGGAGGGGGAGGAAGCAAGGGAUGAGCUCCGGGAGGGCGUCGGGGGCCCUGAGCCGGACGAGGACGCCCCUGGAGCCGGGACCCGAGCCGGAGCCGGAGCCGGAGCCUGAGACAGAACCAAAUCACCGGUACCGGGUGGGCCAGGUGCUGCAGCCCACUAAACCCAGGAGGCGCCCUGGCCCGUGCUCGCCCCCCAGGGCCUCAUGUCGGAACCACAGCCUGGCCUGGAGCCGCCCCAACAUGGGCUGUACAUGCUCUUCCUGCUUGUGCUGGUCUUCUUCCUCAUGGGCCUUGUAGGCUUCAUGAUCUGCCACGUGCUCAAGAAGAAAGGCUACCGCUGCCGCACGUCUAGAGGCUCAGAGCCUGAUGAUGCCCAGCUCCAGCCCCCUGAAGACGAUGACGUGAAUGAGGACACAGUAGAGAGGAUUGUUCGCUGCAUCAUCCAAAAUGAAGCCAAUGCUGAGGCCUUGAAGGAGAUGCUAGGGGACAGUGAAGGAGAAGGGACGGUGCAGCUCUCCAGUGUGGAUGCCACCUCCAGCCUGCAGGACGGAGCCCCUUCCCAUCAUCACACAGUGCAUCUUGGCUCUGCAGCUCCCUGCAUUCACUGCAGCCGCAGCAAGAGGCCCCCACUUGUCCGUCAGGGUCGUUCUAAGGAAGGAAAAGGCCGCCCCAGACCUGGAGAGACCACUGUAUUCUCAGUGGGCAGAUUCCGAGUGACACACAUCGAGAAGCGCUAUGGCCUACACGAACAUCGUGAUGGUUCCCCUAUAGACAGAAGCUGGGGCUCUGGUGGGGUUCAGGAACCAGGGGGUAGUCAGGCAGCUGGGGGAGGGCAGCCUAGGGUAGGGUCCGCUGCCACUGAGAGGCUGCUCCCCGAGGCACCACCCUCCCAGGCCGCAGCCACCCACCCAGUGCAGAACGGAGGACUCAAGGAUGUCAGCCUAGUCCCUUGUACACUUGAGGGGACCCCUGGAACCUCUGCAGAACUGAACUUGAGCACUAGAGGGAGAGGCCCAAGCCCAGGGCUGCCUAGUCAAGAGGCAAAUGGACAGCCAACCAAACUGGACACCUCAGGUCAGGAGGAGUGUCUACCACCAGAAGCAGGGGGUAUGUGAGGCGAGUCUCCCUGAGCUCAAGAUCAGACUUGGUCUUCACUGUGCCGGUGGAUUACCAGCAGGCAUUGCCAGGGUAUGGAUAGCCAUGAAG